UAACUCGAUGCCCACAAAGCAGUGUUGAUAUCCUUUUCCGCUGAAGUCUUGUGCAUAAAAGUCACACAAGUCUCGCAUCGAUCACCGAAAACAAUGACUCAGAAGCGCCGGAACAACGGUCGGGCCAAACACGGGAGGGGACACGUGAAGCCCGUGCGCUGUACUAACUGUGCCCGAUGUGUGCCCAAAGACAAGGCCAUCAAGAAGUUUGUGGUGCGGAAUAUCGUGGAGGCGGCCGCCGUCAGGGACAUCACCGAAGCAUCGGUCUAUGAUUGUACGUGUCUUGUGGUACACUUGUCGUGA